AUGGCGACCUCCAUACUCGACAUUCAGCGCGGCAUUAUCCUCAACACGAUCCGAGCGACUGCGGGACGAGACUGGAAAGUCUUGGUCUUGGAUGAGCAAAGCAGGAGGCUUGUGUACAAUGUUACAAGGGAAGAUGACAUCUUGAACGCCAACAUCACGAAUAUCGAACAGAUCGAACAGCGCAGGCAGACACUUUCCGAUACCGACGCCAUCUACCUCCUAUCUCCUCUACCACAUAUCGUGGAAUGCCUGAAAGCCGAUUUAAGUCGAAGGAGAUACCGUCGAGCACAUUUAAUAUGGACCUCACAACUACCGCGCUCCCUCGCAGAAGAGAUCUUUCGGUCAGAAUCCCGGGCCGCGUUGAUCCUUGAGUCCCGCACGCUCAAUAUCGAGUACUUCCCUCGAGAGUCGCAUCUGGUCACAUUCCGAGAACCUUGGAGCUUCCAUCUCCUCUACCAUCCGGCAUGCGACUCGUUGGUUAAGAGCCAUUUGGACGCCUUGACCCAGAAAAUCGUAUCAAUAUGUGUUUCAUUGGGAGAAUAUCCGCUGAUUAGGUAUCACAAACCUCGAGAACAUCAGAGACAUGCAGCGGAUGUGCUGUCUUAUCAUCUGGCCAAUUUCGUUCAGACGGCCUUGGACGACUACGCUCGUGAUGAACGAAAUGAUUUCCCUCCACAGUCUCAGCCGAACCGGCCCCGAGCAGUCCUCCUGAUUACCGAUAGGUCAAUGGAUCUGAUGUCACCGUUCGUUCACGAACUCACAUACCAGGCCAUGGCUAUGGAUCUACUUCCUAUACGGGAUGACGAAGACAAAGUUACCUACAGAAAUAUCAUUCGAAGAGGUCAUCCGGAUCAGGAAGAAAAAGAGGUUGAGAUCAGUGAGAAAGAUAAUCUCUGGGUCGUUCACCGUCAUAUGCACAUGAAGGAUCUCUUGGUGCAACUUAGCGAAGAGUUCAAGAAGUUCCAAGCGAGAAACCCGCAAUUCGCCGAUAAUGAUGGACAACCUGCCAGUAUCAACACCAUAAAGGAUAUGUUGGCUGGGCUGCCGGAGUUCCAGGAAGGCAAAGAAGCGUUUUCGCUCCAUAUCGACAUGGCGGAAAAGUGUGCCAAAAUCUUUGCCGAUCGCAAGCUAUUGGAUGUCGUGUCCCUGGAACAGUCACUUGCCACCGGACUGGAUGAUGAUAACAGACGACCAAAGAACACAGCCGACCAGAUCGUGAGGCUGCUGGAUGAUGACAGCAUUGUGCACGAGGACCGUCUCAGACUACUGAUCAUGUAUAUUCUGUACCGGAACGGCAUCCUGCGUGGUGAUGUUGAGAAGCUGCGAUGCCAUGGACAACUGUCGCCAAUGGAUGGCGAGCUCAUCUACAAUCUGAUCACAUUGGGUGCAAGGAUUGAAAAGCCGCUGAAGGAUAGCACCCCAACUCCACCGCCAUUAUUCCCUCUUCGGUUCAGAGACAACACCAGUACCGAGGAAAUCAGUCUGUCACGAUUUGAGCCGGCUCUGAGAUACAUGCUUGAGGAGCAAUGUCAGGGAACGCUGGAUCCCAAUCUAUUCCCCCCCGUCAAGCCGCAUUUGAAUGAUCCCAACAUGCACAUGAACGCGGCCCAGACGUCUCUGCGCAAUGCCGGAAAGCCCACAUGGGCACAAACUCGAUCUCAAUCCAACAAGCCUCGGCAACGCAUCAUUGUGUUUGUCGCUGGUGGUGCCACGUAUGCCGAAGCCCGGGCUUGUUAUGAUGUUUCAAAGACGGCAGGCAAGGAGAUAUUCCUGGCCACCACCCACAUGAUCACUCCAAAGAACUUUUUGCGACAGCUGAGCCUCCUGAGCGCGGGUCGCAAACAACUAGACCUGCCAAUAGAUCGAGCGCCGCCAAAGCUUCCCACAUGGAUGUCGGAGCCUCCUCCACAAAGCCUACAGCCAAAACCCCAGGCGCCACCGAACGGUCGAUCGGCUGGAUCGACAAGGCCACUGGCCGAGGCCAUGCAUAAGAUGACCAUUGGCGGAAGACCAGAAAACGGUGCUCCGGUGCCUGUGGCCACAAAACCGUCUCAAUCAGCCCCGGCCCCUUAUCAGUCUUCACCAGGAGGCGAUGGCCGGGGAAAACUGAAAAAGGAGAAGAAACACCUUGGCUUGUUUAAAAAGCACUAG